AUGGUUAAGAAGCGGGCGUCCAACGGACGUAACAAGAAGGGCCGUGGCCACGUCAAGCCAAUUCGUUGCUCCAACUGCUCCAGAUGUACCCCCAAGGACAAGGCCAUCAAGAGAUUCACCAUCCGUAACAUGGUUGAAUCCGCCGCCGUCAGCGAUAUCUCUGACGCUUCCGUUUUCACCAAAUAUGCCGUCCCUAAGAUGUACCUGAAGCUCCAAUAUUGCGUCUCUUGCGCUAUCCACGGAAAGAUCGUCCGUGUCCGAUCCCGAGAAGGUCGCCGCAACCGUGCCCCACCACCAAGACUCAGAUUCAACAAGGACGUCAAGAAGUUGAACCCCCAGCAGGCUGCUGCUAACGCCAAGUCCGCCCAAGCUGCUGCCGCUAAGGCAUAG